AUGUCCUCCAACGGGGCCUCCGUGCUUCAACGGCAGCCAUACGAUCACCGACAUGAUAACGAGAGGGAAGACUGGGAGGAGUGGGAAGAUGAAGAUGUGGUUACCCCAAUCAUGGACGAUGACCAAGAGCUCAUCAUGGACAAGACGGCCGCUCCCAGUCCCCUGAGACCAAACAAACCGGCUUCGACGAGAUAUUCACAGCCACGGUACUCAGUUCAGAAGCUGAGGCGUCUCAAGUCCCGCCAGCGACAAAAGGCGCAGAACGCCAAAGCAGGGAUCAAGGUGGUUACAGACAUGGCAACGUUGCGACAGCAGCAACAAGCUCAACCGAGCCGGAUUCCUGAUCUUCAGCAGCCCAAGUUUGUCGAUGCAGCAGCACUGAGGGCCCUUGAGGGGUCACCUAACUCUGCGUCAGUCGGCAAUUGGAACUGGCUGAAGAUGAAGAAGUCGGACACAAACGCAAAGUCUCCUCAAAGCGCUGGCCGCAGCCCCCUGGAGCAGGACCUAUCCCCAAACGACCGUCCGAUUGUCAUUGGCAUCGCGUUGCCAUCAGAGAUGGCCGAUAGGGAAAUCAGUCCCCAAACGGCCAUCAUUGAGACGCCGCAUGACCUGCCGCCGAGAUAUACCAACAAGCCUAUCACGACGGGCAAACCAGACACUGUCACUCCAUUGACUCCCUCACAGCAGAGAUCUGUGUGGAGUCCAGACACGCCAGACACCACCUCUCCUUUCCAGUCACCACACCGCACUUCCAGCAUUUAUUCUCAAGCAACUGGCCUUGGUGUUGGUGUUGGUGUUGCUCACGACGCUCCUCCUGUUCCUGCAGUGCCUUCUACCUACAAACAACAGGAAAGAGUCGUCAGUGUCGUUCUCAAGAACAGGGAUGACGAAGACGAUGAUGGAGGUAGCCCCUGCACCUUAUUUGAGGAGGAUGGGACGGCCUCGAACCGACAAAACCCAACAAAGGCCAAGGAGGCAUCAAAGAGCCCAGAUAGCGCGGCAACACAGACUCGUGGUUGGUGGGAUCACAUCACGACACCCUUUCUGGAGAGGAAAAGUCCUAUCGUCCCACCUCAGAAGAGUGAAUCACAGCCUGCCAAAUCAUCAGCGCAUGAAGACUGGUGGAAGCCUACGGUAUUCAAGCCACAAGAAGUUCAACAAGUUAUUGUUCAGCGACCAGGCCUUCCAGCAUCUCCAAGACCAUCACCACACAAUAUAGAGGCGCCGAUAGUCAGAGUUCCCACUCCGAGAAGGACCCCAUCACCACUCAUGGACAGGCGGGACCCUUCACCCGCGUCGUCUUCUCGGUCAGCUACUCCACGACUGCAGCCCCGGUCAGAGAAAACACAGCUUGCCGAACCCAGCCCAGCUCCCUCAGAGCAGCCGCCCCCAUACUCUCCUCCUCCUCCUCAGCAGAAGGCUGUGAGAUACCGAGCUGUCUUCCCCGCGGGCCACCCUUUGCAGGCACUUUACCCCCCAUCUCCGGGACCAAUCUCGCCAGCCAUUAACGGAACAAUGAGUUCCCAAGGCGGCAUCAACAUGACCGACAUACCAUUGACACCAGCGCCGAGAGGCAACAGUCCUGCUCCUGGACAGCAAGGUCGCCUUCCAGAACGAUUCGCUGGCACAUUUGUGCCGCCAGAGCACUUCCUUGCAGCAGAAGGGAACGGUCAUCGCGUUGAACGACAGCGUCGCCGCCACGAAAAGGAAGAAAUCGCAGCUCGUAAAGCUGGAGGCUUCUGGAAAGGUCGAGGGUGCAUCCCGGCGAAUGGAUGCUAUGGCCGCAGCGGUCGUGAAGGCCGAAAGAGAAGACGCGUUUGUCUUGGCGUAUGCGGAGCCAGUCUUUUCCUCAGCAUUCUCAUCAUUGUUCUCUGCGUUACCCUCAUCCCGCGGAAUCACGCCUCUGCGCCAGUUGACAGCAUCUUUCUUAACCUUACAAACUUCCCUCCGAUGCCGACUGGAGUUCUCUCAGUCGUCGGCCCAGACAACACCGCCGCUGUCACAGGCUGCAGCAGCCCUUCGACUGUUUGGAGCUGUGCGCUUCCCAAGGAAGAACAGGAAUCUGUGGCCCCCAACCGUCCCAACCAGCCGACUUUCACCAUGCAGAUCCAGUGGGAUAACAACACGCGCAAUCUCUGGAAUGUGCCCAAUGGUGAACCCCCUCGGCCUGGAUCUACCUCUGGAAAGCGCCAAUUGAACCUCGGCGGCAUCAUAGCUAGGGCUGGGGCACUCAUCAAAAGACAGAACCCAGUCUUCACACCCAACCCAGCCCCUCCUUCCUUUGAGGAAAUGUACUUCCUCGGAAACACAACAGACGGUAUUGUUUCCAAUGAGAAAGCUGGCGAACCGACGCCUUUCUAUCUCAGCAUCCUCAAGUCUGCCAGUGAAACUGUCGGCCCCAACGCCCUGGGCAAGCGUCAGAGUUCAGGAGACUCUACUGAUGACUUUGGCAUCAAACUACCGGCACCAGAUCUCGAGGCAGACGGCACUGGAGCCCCCGCACAGCUCUUCCCUCACGCCGUUCAGCAGCCCGUCCGACUGUAUGAUCGCGGCCUCCCGACUGAGCACUACGGUUUCUACACCUUCUUCAAGCGAACCAUCUACCUCAAGUCCGUCACUACCCUCAACGGGACUGAAGGCGAGAGCAAUGUGCCGCUCGACAAGGACGGCGGAUCCCGCAGGAGCGAGGCCAAGUUUCUCGUGACGUGGUCUCAAACGCGGUUCCUCGUCCAGAUCUGGACCCGCUCGGCGAACACCACACAACUCCUCGCCAUCCCGGGCAGUAUGCCCUACCCCGUCACGAUCAAGACUGACACCCACGGCGGCGAGUCGGGCGAGAAGUUCGUAUGGCACUGGCCCGUGAAUGAUCGCCAGGGCAUCGAUACGAGUACACCGAAGCUUCUCCCAAAUGAUAUCGGCUUCGGGGGAACGACUGUGAACCCUCGAAAGGACAAGAAUGCUUCUUUUGGCGGUUUCGAUGGUGGUACCGGCGGCUGCCGCUGCGAGUGGUGCCGGCACCAGUGCCGCACCCUCCUGACCCUUGCAAUCGAAACCUCGUGCGACGACACCUGCGUCGCCCUCCUCUCCAAAGACUCCGGUCCCCUCGGCCGCGCGACCCUCCACUUUCACCGCAAAGUCACAUCCGACAGCACGGCAUACGGCGGCGUCUACCCGCCCGUCGCCCUACGCUCCCACGACGCAUCGCUCGCGCCACUCAUCGCUGAAGCGCUCUCGUCUCUGCCCUCAGCCGGCCCCGAAGAAGAAGCUCGGAAUCACGAUGGCAGCGAAUUAAUACAAGAAGGAGGGAAGAAACCCGACUUCGUGACGGUGACUCGCGGCCCCGGCAUGUCCGCGAACCUCGCCUCCGGACUCUCGACGGCAAAAGGCCUCGCGACAGCCUGGCAGGUGCCCCUCCUGGCCGUGAACCACAUGCAAGCCCACGCCCUCACCCCGCGCCUUGUCUCAGCGCUCGCCCACCAGGAUCCGACGACACUUACAGUGUCCUCAUCCACCACCUCCUCUUCGACAGCCGAUGGUACCGCUGUUAUAAAACCAAAAUAUCCCUUCCUCACCCUCCUAGUCUCCGGCGGCCACACCCAGCUAGUUCACUCCCGCUCCCUCACAUCCCACCGCAUCCUCGCCUCCUCCUCUAACAUCGCCGUCGGCGACGCCCUUGACAAGGCAGCGCGCCACAUCCUCCCGCCGGACAUGCUAGCAUCGCACGGGGACGUCAUGUACGGCGCCCUCCUCGAACGCUUCGCCUUUCCCGACUCCUUUCCCCCCUCCUCUCCAUCAUCGUCAGAUCCCAAAAGCCAGCACGAGCACGGCUACGACUACGAAUACACCCCUCCCCUCCGCCGCGUCGACGAAAUCGCACCGUACACCGCUCCCCUGCCCUACUCCUGGACCCUCCACCCUCCCCUCUCCGCCUCCCGCGCUCUAUCCUAUGAGUUCAAUGGCCUAGGCAGCGAGGUCCGCAAAAUAGCCACCUCAAAAGGCGACUCCAUGUCCCUCGACGAACGGCGGACCCUCGCCCGUGCCACCAUGCGCCUCCUAUUCGAGCACCUGGCAACUCGCAUCUUCCUCGCUCUUGCUGUCGAGCCGGAGCUGAAAGACGCACUGGAAACACUCGUCGUAAGCGGUGGCGUAGCGAGCAACCGGUUCCUGAUGCACGUGCUGCGGAAGAUGCUCGACGUCCGCGGACUCGAGCAUGUGGAGAUCACGGCGCCCCCGCCGGCGUUGUGUACGGACAACGCGGCCAUGAUUGCAUGGACUGGCAUGGAGAUGUAUGAAGCUGGCUGGGAGAGUUUGCUUUCUGUACAUCCCGAGCGCAAGUGGUCGAUUGACCCGUCCAGCGAAGAUGGUGGGAUCCUGGGUGUCCCUGGAUGGAGAAGAAGAGAACAUUAA